UGUGUGACAAUGAUGGAGAAGAGGUGACCAGAGCCCUGGGCAGGUCUGUCACCUUCCGCCUCCAGAGCCUGGAUGGAGAAGCCACCGCUUGGAGCUUUCACAACGACAUCAUCGUGACCGUUAAAUUUGGCAAUCCUCCCGAACCCACGUUUUUUGACAACUCCUACAAGCCGCGCUUGACCUUCACCGAGAACGGCAGAGCGCUCACCAUCUCCCAGCUGCAGAUGGACGAUGCCGGUACCUACACUGCAAAGACCGCCACGGAAAAAAAAACCACCUUCACCCUACACGUGUACAGGGAGCUGGCGGUGCCGACGGUGACCUGCGCGGCGCAGAACUGCUCGGCCGACGGCUGCCGCUACACCCUGGGUUGCACCGCGGUGGGGUCUGACUUCGGGGAUGUCUCCUACAGCUGGAACAGGGAGGGCUGGCUGUUGGACGAGGGACCCACGGUGCUGGUGUUUUUUGGCGAAGAGCCGUCCCCCCUCACGUGCACGGCGCAAACCCCCGUCAGCAGCCGCAACGUCACCGUCAUCUCACCCGCUGCCCUCUGUACAGGCACCUACUCCGACAGGCAGGUUGGAAUCGUGGUCGGGUCUGUGAUUGGCGUGGUAGCGGUGUUAGCAGCAGUGAUCUUAUUCGUCUACUGUAAAUCCAAAGGCUGGAAGAUCUUCCGUGUGCCUGCAGCCGAGGCUAGGAACACAGAAGCCGGAGCAGAGUACUCAACGGUGUACGCCCAAGUCAGUUCUACCCAGCAGGUGCACGUGCAGAGUUUCCCUAAUGCACGGAAAGACGAACCAAAGACAACACUGAUCCCCGGCAUGGAGAACUCCAAAACCAUCUAUGUCACCGUCCAGGCUGUUGCCCAGACGGAUGACGAGAAGAUGGGCAAUGCCAUGGCGGGGUGCCGGGAGCAGGAUGAGAAAAGCAUCUACUCCAUGAUCAGAUAG